UUGUGGAUGAACGAAAUGGACAAUUCACCGCUCAUAUUCCAUCCUCGACGGAAGACCUGUGCUUGAACGCAGAGGUGAUGUGCAAAUGCUUGGCCGAGGAGUCAAGAGGAAAUCGUCCAUGAGAGCAUCCGUGUCGUUAACCCCCGGUAAAGGCCGAAAGUCGUGGAGCAAGCAACUGUGGUGAUGUAGGCUGCGUCCACCCGAUGAUGCUGAGUGCUGUCUCUCGCUCCUAGAAAUAGUCAGUAUCGCUUCGAUACGUGGAUAACCUUUUGUCCUGUGGAUCAUUAAUUUAAUCUCUCAAUUUGGGCCCAUGUAGGCUAUACUGUAUGUGAGACAUCAUAUGUGUUAUGCUCAUAGAUCUAGCCUAAAUUGUUGUGUCCAAAGGCACAAGGCAAUGGUAUACUAUAUAUACUGUUCAAAAUACAUGUUAAACAAGAAAUUGCAUGUCUGAGCCGGAUAAUUAACCCCUCGGUUAUGUUGGCUCUCAAGGCGGACGUAUCGCACAAAUGAGUGACUGAAGAGAAUGUUUGCAAAUGUGUUUCUCUGAGAAUCAGUCAGCUACAGGCUGCGUCCUUCUUUGUAUGGUUGGUACAUAGAAGGACGCCCUCGUCACACACGCGCUGACAAUGGCAGAUAUUAUUUCAUUAUAUGAGCAGAGACACUUGUCGUGAACCGGAGACAGGAAAAUCGCUUUUGGCGCGUCGUUCAGAUUUCAAGAACAGGAGAGCCGAUGGAAUACGAGCCUAUCAAUUUUCCUGCUUCAGAAAUAUAAGUAGUGCGGUUGAUUUGCCUUCAGGUAAAAUUAUAACCUCUGCUAAGAGAGUGAGCGUGAAAGAGAGACGGAGAGGGACAGAGAGCGAGAGAACUGGGAAAUUUGGAGACAAGGGGCGGGGAGAACGCCUCUGUGCAAUUAUUUUUAUGGACGCGCCUAGUGCCUGUGCGCGUGUCAGUCUUGUAACUCAAUCAUGUUAUGGAGCUUGUAAACUGGACGGACCUCCGACGACACAGAAGUAGAUGCCUUUGCUACUACUACCGGCCACGGAGCUACUCUCGUUCACUCCCUGGGAAGCACGCUCAACGGUUCCGUGCGCAAUGAAAACGUGCCACUGUUAACAAGGAUCGCAUUAAGCAGCGAGGUAUGAAACAGUUCCACAGCGCAGGGCGCCAUGAGGUGGGAGGGGCCACUGCGAGAGGAGAAAUCGCCCUUCAUCAUCCUCAGAGCUGGUCAGAGACACACACACACGUUGCAGAGAGGGGCUGAAAACACACCAUUCUGAGAGAGGAGACGACGAGAGAAGGAGAGGAUAAGAGAGCGAGCGAGAGACGAGAGAGUGGAUUCUGCAUCUCUUCGUUUCUCCUCCAUGGGUGAUUCCACUGGACCAGACUUGGAGUCAGCAGUGCUGGUUUCCAAGUUAGCGCACUGCUUUCCCCUGGACCCCCCCUGCUAUACCUCCAACCACCCCCACCCCCACCCCUGUGAGGCUCAUUGCUGAGGGGCAGAGACAGGGAAUCGAGGGAGCGAGAGAGACAGAGAGCGAGAGAGAGAGAUAGAAGGCGAGACAGCGCGACUCCAUGCAGGCCAGGAAGAAGUAUGUGCUGCUGGCCCUGUGUGCAUGCUGCUGGUUCCUCCUCUUCUACUGGGGGGGCGGGGGCAUCGGGUCACGUCUCCUGCGCUUCCUGACCCGCCACCGGGGUGAGGUGGUGCGGCCCUGGCCCACCUGGACCGACCGGGCGCUGCUGCCCCGCUAUGCCCACCUGGAGGAGCUCCAGACUGGGCCUGGCUCGGGUGAGUCCCCCCGGCAGAGACGCCAGUCCUGGACUGGCAUCUAUAAGGACAGCCGCUGUCGCAUGGAGACUUGCUUUGACUUCUCUCGCUGCCGGCGCAGAGGGCGGGACGGCUUCCGGGUCUAUGUGUACCCGUCGGAAAAAGGCGAGCGUGUGUCGGAGAGCUACCGCAAAAUCUUGACCUCUAUAGGCGAGUCACGGUACUACACCACAGACCCCCGCGAGGCGUGCUUGUUCGUGCUGGGGAUAGACACUCUGGACCGUGACCAGCUCUCGGGCCAGUUUGUGCCCAACAUGGAUGAGCGUAUCCGUGGUUACCCGCUGUGGAACGACGGGCGUAACCACCUGGUCUUCAACCUGUAUUCAGGCACAUGGCCAAACUAUACAGAGGACUUGGGCUUCAACAUGGGCCAAGCCAUCCUGGCCAAGGCCAGCCUCAACACGGAGCACUUCAGGCCCGGCUUCGACGUGUCCAUCCCCCUGUUCUCCAAGGAGCACCCCCAGAAGGGUGGGGACCGGGGCUGGCUCGUCAGGAACUCUGUCCCCCCUAGGAGGAAAUACCUGCUGAUGUUCAAGGGGAAGCGCUAUUUGACGGGCAUCGGCUCGGACACCCGGAACGCCCUCCAUCACAUCCACAAUGGGAAGGACAUUGUUUCCCUGACGACGUGUCGCCACGGCAAGGACUGGGAGAAACACAAAGAUGCACGGUGCGACCAUGACAACCUGGAAUAUGAGAGGUAA